AGAUAUCAACGUUCUGCUCCUAGGAGACCCUGGCGUGGCGAAGAGUCAACUGCUGAAGUUUGUUGACAAAAUUGCACCGAUUUCCGUCUACACGUCGGGGAAAGGAAGUUCUGCCGCGGGUUUGACAGCGGCAGUGCUACGCGACCGGUCGGGCGUCUUUACAUUGGAGGGAGGUUGCAUGUGCCUCGCUGACGGCGGCGUCGUCUGCGUCGACGAAUUCGAUAAAAUGGAGGAGCGAGACGUUGUGGCGAUGCAUGAGGCGAUGGAGCAACAAACCAUUUCUAUUAGCAAAGCCGGUAUCAACACAGUGUUGAAUUCUCGGUGUGCGGUACUUGCAGCAGCGAAUCCCUCGUUCGGGAGUUUUGAUGAUACAACCGAUUCAUCCGAACAACACGAAUUCAAAGCCACUGUUCUUUCUCGAUUUGACUUGAUCUUCUUAUUGAGAGAUAAAGAGGACUACGUUCGUGACUCGGCUCUUUGUGCCCAUGUCCUUGAGCUCCAUGCGCAAAAGCGAGCAGAAAAGACGGCAACAGAAGAUAUCAUACCCUUCGAGGUACUGAGAAAUUACAUACAAUUCGCAAAGAUGUUGCCUCCGCCCUUACUCAGUCAAGAUGCUCGUGAUGCUCUCAAAACAUUCUACGUGCAAACGCGACAGCAAAAUCGUGAAGACGGGAGAUCGAGAACGAAGAAAAUACCGAUCACACUACGACAGUUAGAAUCGCUCGUCCGCAUUUCCGAGAGCUUUGCUAAGAUGGAAUUAAGUCCAGUGGCUUCCUCUCGCCACGUGCAGCUCGCAAUCGAAAUGUUUUCCGUUUCGACAGCAGAAACUGCCAGGCACACUGCUGUUUUCGAAGGUCUUUCUCCCGCAGAACAAAACUUGUGAAAGUGACAUGCAGAGGAGGCAAUCUUAGGACGGCUGCAGAAAGGACAGAGGACUCAGAGAAAGAAUCUACUGCGUGACUUGCAGCUUCAAGGUUUUGAUAAGGCCAUACUUAGUAGAGCCUUGUCAAUUCUCAUUCGUAGAGGCGAUCUACAAGAAAGAGGAGAUCGCUCGCUACGUAGGCCAUGA